AUGGUGGAAGAAUUCAAGAAAAAGAUGAUGAGAGACUUUGAGAUGAGUGACUUGGGUCAAAUGAAAUACUUUCUUGGCAUCCAAGUCAAACAAAGCCCGGGAAGAAUUUUUUUAUCUCAAGAGAAGUAUAUUGAUGAUCUUCUAGAAAAAUCCAGCAUGAACCAGUGCAAGCCAGUCUCUACUCCAAUGGGGCCGAAUGAAAAAUUCCAAGUCAAUGAUGAUGCUGAAAAAGUAGAUGCUACACUCUACCGAAAGUUAAUUGGUUCACUCAUCUACCUCAACACAAGGCCGGAUAUCACUCAAUCAGUGAGUUUACUUUCCAGGUUCAUGAAUGAACCAAGCAAGAAUCACUUUACGGCGGCAAAAAGAAUUUUGAGAUACCUUAAAGGUACAAAAAAUCAAGGCAUUGAGUUCAAAAAGGAAAAUAACUUCAACCUUGUUGGCUACACUGACAGUGAUUGGGCAGGCUCACUUGUUGACCGCAAAAGUACAUCGGGCUACAUCUUUUGUCUUGGAACAAAUAUUAUUUCAUGGAGUUCGAGGAAGCAAAGGUCUAUAGCACUAUCUUCUGCAGAAGCGGAAUACAUUGCAGCUGCGGAUGCCGCUUGUGAAGCAGUUUGGCUUAGAAGAAUUCUAAAAGACUUGAUGAUUGAACAACAAGAGCCAACAACAAUACAUUGCGACAAUAUGUCAGCAAUUGCUAUGACAAAAAAUCCAGUUUUUCAUGCCAGAUCGAAGCAUAUUGAACUACGUCAUCACUUCAUUCGAGAUUUGAUUGAUUUGGGAUCGGGUUUUGGAUUAGGGUUUCGAUUUAUUGUGGUUAAGGUUGACUUUUUAUGUAGGUUUUGUGGUGGUCGGUGGUUGUUUAGCAGUAGUUUGUUGGAAAAAAUUCCCAACAAAAUAAUUGAAAAUCCAGAUCUGGCUGGCUGUGCAGUCAUUGCCUGGAACAGCCGACCAUCGGCACCAUUAGAGAGGAAGAAAAAGAGGGAUUUGGAUGAAUUUGGGGGUGGGGGCUUCACGUGUAAAUUGAAUAACUUGAAGCCCCUGCUUGCAAUUAGGGUUAGGGUUAUAAUUUUAUGA